CCCAAAUUAGAUAAUGUAGAACUGACAAAAUCCCUCGACGUUCUUGCCGACCAUGAAAGUUUAUUAUCAACUAAAAACCUUCUCAAUUCGUCUUUCGUUCAGCCCGAACAUGUUGGUAGCAGAGCAAACCUCCCCUCAGGUCAAUGAGAUCCCAGAUGUCAAAGCGGUCGAUGUGGUAGCACCCAGCUGGAAACUCGUUGCUGCUAGACGGCAGGCUGAGAUCAACAAUGCUAUCCCUACAGAAUACCUAGUGCCGCUAGUUCAACUGGGGGGCUUAGAGAACCGAAUUGGAUUGCCUGAGGCUAGUGGCAUCCUCACCCACCGUGAGCUGGAGAUCACUGCUCGCUCGGCGACCGGGCUGCUUCGGUUUCUCCACAACGGCACCUACACGGCCGUGGAAGUGACGACCGCCUUCUGUAAAAGAGCUGCUAUUGCUCAUCAAGCGGUAAACUGUCUUGCCUUAGUUAUGUUCCAACAGGCACUUGCGGAUGCGGCAGAGCUGGAUCAAUACAUGCAAACCCACCAUCGCCCUAAGGGUCCACUGCACGGUCUACCCAUCUCGGUCAAAGAGCACAUCGAAUUAGCUGGGACACCCGCAACAGCGGGAUUGAUCUCCCUCGCGGAUUCUGUCAGCAGCCAGGAUGCUAUGAUCGUUAGAGUUCUCCGAGAGGCUGGAGCUGUAUUCCACGUCAAGACGACAAAUCCACAAACGUUAUUAGCUCUCGAAACAGAGAGCAAUAUCUAUGGGAUCACGGUCAAUCCAUACAAUAUCAACUUAUCGUCAGGUGGGAGUUCGGGUGGAGAAGCAGCUUUGAUUGCCAUGCGAGGUAGUCUACUUGGGAUUGGAACUGAUAUGGGUGGUUCGAUCCGUGCACCAAGCGCUUUUAACGGCGUCUUUGGGCUGAAACCAAGUGUUGGACGUCUCCCUCAUGGUGGACUAGAAGGACUUCAUUCUGGUAUGGAGAACGUCAUUGGUUGUUGUGGUCCUAUAGCAACCUGCGUUGAAGAUAUGCGCCUCUUCUGCCAAGUCAUCCUGGCGUCGGAACCAUGGCGCCAGGAGCCCGAGAUGAUCGAGAAGCCUUGGAACCCGAUUCCACUUCCUACUAAUCUGAAGAUUGGCGUGAUGUGGCAUGACGGAGUCGCUCAGCCGCAGCCACCUGUGACACGUUGUCUGCGCGAAACUGUUCUGGCAAUUCAACAAGCAGGACAUACGGUCGUUUAUUGGGAUCCUAAAGACCACCCCGCUCUUACCAAAUCCAUGGACCGGGCCUUUUUCAUUGAUGCGGGUAAGGAAUACUGGGAUGUCAUUAAACAGGGAGAGGAGCCGGCUGUGCCUGUAAUGCAGUGGAUUUUGACUGAGAGAAAUAAUUCCCCUCCACUAACUGUAGUGGAGACCUGGAAGCUCAACUCUGAACGGAAAUUACUACAGAACUCCCACGCAGCCCAAUGGGACGAACUGGACCUGGAUGCCAUCAUCUGCCCAGUGCAUUUUUCGAAUGCGCCGGCUAUACAUGAAGCCCAAUACGCUGGGUAUACCAACGCUUUCAACAGACUAGACUACACUGCAGCCGUCUUCCCCGUGGGCAAGGUGGAGCCAACCGACACGUGGGAGAACUUUCCGCGAGCCAUCGAACAAUCUCUCGGCAAAGACGAUGACUUUUCUUUUAAGACAUAUACCGGACCUGAUAAGUAUCGACAUUCUCCGGUGUCCCUGCAGAUUGUGACACGCCGCCUGCAGGAAGAGAAGAACUUGGCAAUCAUAGAGAAGGUCAUCCAGGCCGUUGAAUUGAAGAAGCAACUCCUGGACCAUGGCUUACUCUUGCAUUCUAAUGAUAUCUAAAGAAUAAAAACCUCUCAUUCUAGAAGUUCUUGUUGUUAUCCUUCGAUAGUACAACCAUUACUUAGAUAAAUUGAUCCUGACAGUACGCCUAUAAUAUACUGCAAAGAAACUACCCG